AGUAGCUCCGUGGUGGUCCUUCCGAAAAAGAAAAUGGCGGCCACCGGUCGAGGCAGAGGUAGGGGAAGAGGAUUGCUUCAACAAACUCCAGUAAUUCCUGGGCAGCAGAAAGAAUCAACGACUGAAAGUGGACUCGAGGAGAUUAACACUCUGAUAAACAACCUUACACUUAACAUCGAUGAAGAGGACUUGAUGCAAAUUCACCAGAAAACAGAAAAAACUGUGAAGAGUUCAGACGACCUGAAACAAAUUGCAGAGAUGCUUUAUGAAAAGUGCAUUAAGGACAUGGAAUUUGCCAAAUGUGGAGCUUGUAUCUGUGACAGAAUGCAGGAUGUCGAAGUUCAGGGGUCAAAGUUCAGGACAACUUUGUUGGCUCUUGUACAAAAAGAUUUCAAAGAUAAAGAGGUAUCAAGAAAGAACAGUUUGAAGAAAUAUUUGGGAUUCUUCACCUUUUUGUGUCAGAUCUUCAGUAAUAUGCGACUUAAACAAGGUCAGUGUUUGGAGCCGCUGGUCGUUCCGAUUUACGACUGCCUAGAGAUGACAGUUGAUGAUCAACAGUGUAAGGACGAUGAACUGGAAACAUUCUCUCUACAAUUACAAGUGAUCGGGAAGGAGCUGGACACUAGUAAUCCGCCUCGAAUGAACAAUCUGAUGGAAAAGAUCAGAAUGAGAAUUAUACAGGACGGAUUAACAGCUAGAGGCAGAUGUACACUUCUUGAACUUGUCGAAUGUUAUGCUCGCUCCUGGAAGACGAUGCCGAAUGAUAUCACACGUUUUUAUUGUGACGCAAUGGCUGAUGUUUUAGCGGGAAUGGUCAUAUGAGAGAGUGGACAUUGUCGCUAUUGGUUACUCUGAGACCCUCUGAGGCAGGCUGAAUUGAUCCUGAAAGUGAAAUGGACAGUAACACACUUAAUGGUUACCAUGAUAAUCUUAGAUCUCCUGAUUGGUGUGCGGCAAAAUAGACAGUAAUUUCAUUCGCUGUUAUCAAAAAUACCUUGGCUUCCUACAAGAUAUAUUUGGAUUGAUCCAAAUUGAAAGCAGUAACCAUGUCUAGAGUAUCACAUUCUCUGACUGAGGGGAGGUCAGGACAUGACAAGGAUAGAAAGGUUGAACUGUUUGUGUGUCAGUUUAAGAUAAACAACAGAUUAUUACUUGUUUCUAGCAUAGCACUAGUAACAUUCCUCAACGCUAUGAAAACUGUGAUUUUCUCACAUUGUUUUUACUGAACAGUCAUAAUAGAGCGUGUUAACAACAGAUUUUUAUUUGAAGUAAAUGACUUUUUUCCCAAAUAAUUUAUGUUGAUCUCCAGCUUUGUUUAUUUAAUGAUUUUUCACAUACAAUUGGCACAUUGUCAAACAAUGAAGUCUUACCUUAGUUUAUUUUCUUAUUUUACCUUUGAAAAGAACAGCCAAGUUAGAAAAUAUUACAGAAAAAAUAAUUUAUUUUCAAAGACAUGUAAUAGGAAACCAAUAUAUUUUUGACCUAAUUAAAAUGGUCAUGACUUUUACUUAAUGGUUUUCCGUACCUUACUACAUGUGACCUUUGACCUUGACCUUGGAUGAUUUUCUAUUAACAUCAUGCAUAUGUUAGUUCAUUGAUCUAUCCCCAUGUAAUGAUUACCUCCCUUUGUUAACAACAUUGACCAUUUUGUUAUGCAGACAAACCUAUUUUAAAAUCCUAACGGAACUGCAGAUGCUAUACAGGCAGAGUUGUUAAUUAAAGCCUGCUGUAAAAUAAGAUCAAUAAGAUCAGAAUCAUCGGGAAAUAAACAACUUUGUUCCGACUAUACCACGAUAAACUAAAAAUAGUAUUGACAUUAGUGAUAAGCACAGCCACAGCAUACAAUGAUACUGAUUAAAAUAUACGGAAGGUGGGAGAUCCAACGUCCAUGUAAACAGUUCUGUAUGGUUCUGUGUUACCCAGAUUAUAUAUAGUUAAAAAGGAAAGUAUCAACUCCUAAGUUAAGUUGAAUAUAAUUAUAAAAUCUCGUUCUUGAAAUUCUAGCAGCUUUGUUCAGGUAUUAUCACUGCACAACAGCACAACAAGGAUGUCACCCUUGGAUUUCCAAGGAGGUUUAUGCCAAAAAUUUUUUGCAAUCCUGAGUUCCCUCUUUGUUACUUUUUGAUAUCUAUAUCAUGAGGCCUCGGUAUACCACUUGGCAUCCGCCUCAAUUCUCGAAGAUUAAUUUUGACAAUCACAUAUUGGAUUUUCUUCAGGAUUUUUGACAUAUACAAAUGAACUGAUUGUUAGAACAUCCAUAUUAUUGAAUCUGUGAAUUUGAAUCUGUGUAUAUCCUUGUUAAAAGCCUGUUGAACUGUUUUGGUUCCCUGUAUCAUUAUAACCAUGUUCUAUAGAUUUUGAACUAUUUGAUGGCUGGUCAGUGCAAAAUGGUUAUGCAUUCACCUAGGUACCAGUAGUUUGACCAUUUGGUUUUAAUUUUACAUCAUUAUUAAUUCCCUAGCCUUGCUACGCUGACAUGUGAAUAUACGCCAUUUUCACAUCCAACCUGCUUCUGUAUUCAAAAUGGUUGAUAUAUAAAGGAGACAAAAUAUUGACUUUUACACCACUGUUUUGUCAUAAAGUUGUAUGUAGCACAGGGACUUGGCACGAGUUGUCAACCAAUAGUCAAUGGACAAUAUAAUGUCCCUAGUUGUGCGCAUUCAAUUUUGAGUGCAAGUUGGAAAACAAAAUCACUGACAGGUGGCCAUCUUGGAUUUUUACUGUUGAAGUUUGUUAUUGCUAUUUCUUUAGAAGUUAUCAAGUCAAUUGUAUAUUUUUUUCAAACUUAAGCAUUUGUUUCUCUAUUUUGAAUAGACAAUUGGAAGGUAUGAGCCACAUUUCAUUUAUUUGUUUUUUUCUUUUCAUUUUUUUGUUUUGUUUCAUCUUGACCAAAUAACUUCCAGAGCAAAACACACAAAAUCGUUCUCAGAAAACAACUGAUCUUUGUAUGUCAUAUGAGUUCAUUUGACAGUCUGGUCAUUUGAUUAUGAGAAAUCUUGAUUGGAAUAUGGAUGUGAGAAGUGGAUACAUCUAUUUUGAUAUUGCUUUAUACACAUUUAAUUUUUAAACAUAUUAAUUGUUAAUUAUCAUCAACUCUCUGAAUUGAUAAACAAUUAUUUUGGCUUGGUUUAUUAAUAUUUUUGGAAAGAAACUUUAAUGUUGUUACAGCUCCGUUUCUGUUUUUUGCUUUCAUUUGAAUAAAACAAACAUCUACCAAAAACUUCCUAAUUACUGCAAUGCUUCUGAGAUUUGUAUCAAAACAUCCGUCCUACUUGCUUGUACCCUGCAUAUCUUCAUUAUAAUUACAACAUGUAUUAUAUUCCCUGCAAUGAAGUUGAAAGAGUCAGGAACCAGGGUGCCUGUUCAUCUGUUUGUAGAUAGAUGUUUGCCUAAAGGAACCAUUCUUACUCUCAACUAAUAUUUACAUGUAUCACAGGCGUCCUGUUAUCCAGCGGUGAAUUCGCCCGUGAAAUAUUUUUUCAUAUUUCAUUAGUGUAAUAUAUACACUGAAGCGUUUUUAAUUAGUAGUACCAGUCAGAAAUUGAUUGCGACAUCAUGAUCAGGACAAUGAUGUGACGUCAUGUAUUUUGAAUGGCACAACAAAAUGGCUGUCUCCGUUUGAUAAAGCCCUCCUCAUUUGGACUUUAAAAAUGAAUGUUUUUGAGUCGUGUUAUAAAAAGUAUCUUAAAUUUGUUUUCAUUUUUCGUAUGAGGUUUUAUGAUACUUGUCUCAAAGUUUUAAUUUAGUUCACCAAGACUAGCGAAAACUUCUAAGACUUAAUUGUUCUUAAAAUCUCCUAUGAAGGUCAAACUCUACUCAGAUCCUUUAUGUAUGAACCUUAUGGUACACAUUAUCAUUGUCUGUAGUAGUUGUGCAUUAACUUCUUAGAGUUAUGCCCCUUUAUCCUAUCGUUAUUCUUACACUCACUUUUUCACAAAUAAAACUUUAUUUUGUAAA